GUUGGAUUUGGACGUACCAACAUCGUUGAAGACGGAACACGUCUGCGUCGUAGUUGGGAGCGUUCAGCUGAUCUUUGACGGUCGUUCAUCAUCGUUGUCAUCGAAAUCGCAAUCGCCAUCGAAUCAUUAUUAAGUAAAAUCCGCCCCCCUCUCUCAGCAUUCACCCACCCCUCACGCACCCACGAAGCUGUUGCACUUGACUCAUUGGAAUCACCGCCCAAAAAAAAAAAAAAAAAAAAAAAACCGCUUUGGUCUCAUCGCCUUCCUCCCAAGACAUUGCCUCCGCAAAGAUCUUUCCCAAAUCUAUCGGAAAGCUCCCACAUUUCGAGUGAAUACCGACAUCCCCAGUAGCUCGAGUCGGCAUUUCGUCCCAAUGGCUUCGUGCGCAGUUCCGUGCCCGAAAUCUGCCUCGGCAGCUCGUUUGGGGACGACCCGGCAGACUCCGAGGCAAAAUGUGGAGAAGAUCUCGUUUCCUCUAUACUCUUUCGGGUUUCAGUGGCCUAACGAGAAGCGUUUAACUGCUUUAAAAGUGAAGGCAAAGCUGAAUGAGGUAACUGCUGAGAAAUCCUCUAACUCUGGACUUGAUACAAAGUCUGGAGCCACCAUAUCACAAGAAAGCAAUGGUACUGCAGCAAAACUUGACAGAGAAAAAAUCGUUCCAGAUGCAUCAUCAAUAUCAGCAUUCAUGUCUCAAGUAUCUGAUCUUGUCAAGCUUGUGGAUACAAAGGAUAUAAUGGAAUUGCAGCUGAAGCAAAUGGAUUGUGAGAUCAUUAUAAGGAAGAAAGAAGCAAUACAGCAGCCGAUGGCAGCUGUUUCAGUGGUAGCACAACCCACACCUGUUUCCCAUGCCAUGUUUUCACCUCCACCUUCAGCAGCUCCAGUUCAUGCUCCUUCAGCUGCUCCAGCUGGUUCUGGACCUACAACACCCGCAUUACCCGCCCCUGUAAAACAAAGCAGCUCUGCUCAUCCCCCUCUCAAAUGUCCCAUGGCUGGAACUUUUUACAGGUCUCCUGCUCCUGGUGAACCUUCGUUUGUCAAGGUAGGAGACAAAGUACAGAAAGGCCAGGUGAUUUGCAUUAUUGAAGCCAUGAAGUUGAUGAACGAAAUUGAGGCUGAUCAGACUGGAACAGUAGCUGAAAUAUUGGUAGAGGACGGUAAACCAGUCGGUGUGGACACGCCUCUUUUUGUCGUUGUACCAUGAACUUGACAAGCCACAUGGCGCUCUCCUCAACUUGGCCGCAGCCUUGAUUUCCUCUGAUGUGGAAACCACUGGGCCGUCAUCUCUUCAGUAAUUGAUAUAAAGUGCUCCCUGCCCUUGGUCUUUUUGUUUAGUAGACGCAUAGGUCAGAAAUGUACCCUUCUCAAAAAUUGUUGCUUUAAAUUUUUUUCAGACAGUUAAAAAUAAGAUGUCCUCGAUUCGCUUCCUUUACAUAAGCACUUUGCUUCCUUUUCAUAAGACAUGGCGCUCUUCUCAAAUUGGCCGCAA